GCUGAGAAAUAUGUCGACAUCAAUAUCAAACUGGGCCUCAAAGGACGGUGAAUUCAGACGUCAAGUUUCCUCAUUUAGAGACGAAAUCAAAGCUGGUGGAAAGUUUGAGCCAGAGAACAACCGCUAUCAUCUGGUUGUCUCAUACGCUUGCCCAUGGGCUCAUAGAGCACUUAUCGUUCGCUCACUCAGUGGACUUGAAGAUUUCCUGCCAUAUUCAGUAGUCCAUCCAUACUUGGGUGAGAAGGGAUGGUCAUUUGAUAAGGAUUUUGAAGGCGCAACCGGUUGUACGAUUGAAGGCGUUGACGCAACACAUUUACGCGAUUUGUAUUUCACAGCAGAGAAAGACUACAAUGCGAGAUUCACAGUUCCUAUCAUUUGGGACAAGAAGCUUAAAACUAUCGUAUCAAAUGAGUCUAGCGAAAUCAUCCGCUUCCUUAAUGAUUUAAAGCCAGACGUUGGCGGUGAUAUCUACCCUGAGCACCUCAGAAAGGAAAUUGAUGAACUCAAUGGUUGGGUAUAUGACACUGUCAAUAAUGGAGUCUACAAGAGUGGAUUUGCUACCACUCAAGAAGCAUACGAGGGAAAUGUCAAACCAUUGUUCGAAUCCUUGGACAGAUUAGAGAAGAUCCUCUCCGAUGGAAGGGAUUUCCUUAUCGGAGGUCAACUUACAGAGGCUGAUAUAAGGCUUUACACUACUAUCGUUCGUUUUGAUCCAGUUUAUGUCGGCCAUUUCAAAUGCAACUUGGGUACAAUUAGGCACAACUACCCGCACAUUAACACUUGGUUGAAGAAACUCUAUUGGAAGAACGAUGCUUUUAAGUCAACUACUAACUUCAAACAAAUUAAGUUCCAUUAUUACAACUCACACCGUCACAUUAAUGGUACCGGCGUUGUUCCACUUGGACCAAAUCCAGACAUUGAGCCUCUCUAGGUAACUUUCGAAAUACUUUCUGAUGAUAACUUUAUUUAAUGUUAUUACAUACAUGAGCUUACAAAGAC